AUGGCUAACUCGUCAUCGUCGGAGUCACCUCGGUCUACAUCUAAUACUGAGGCUCAGGCCGAGCCUUCGGAUCCCAGGACCCAUGUGCUUCCAGGACCAUACCGGUGGGACGUACUUAGGAGGCGCAAACAGCGCACAAAUGUUUCACAGGUUGUGUGGAACGAAGAGAAGUGUCGCCAGUGCAAGACUCGACGCGGUGUUAUCAAGGGGGGCCAUCUCCUGAUUGAUCCCAUGUUGAUCAGUGCUCUGGCGGAGAGGUGGAGACCAGAGACACAUACGUUCCAUAUGACGCAGGGCGAGAUGACCAUUACGUUACAGGAUGUUGCGGCUAUAUUGGGAUUGCCGACUGAUGGGAAAGUGGUUACGGGCGCUACAUCCACCAACUGGCGAGUCUUGUGCGGAGAGGUGCUUGGUCACGCCCCGCUCGUUUCAGAGCAGACGUAUGGGGAUGUCAAGCUCGCAUAUUUAGACAGACAUUAUGCGCGUUGGGCUGCAGUUGCUGCGAAGCCACAGUAG